AUGGGGGCUACCUUUGAACAGCGUCCUCAGCCUUGGUUCACCAACAUCAGUGUUGAUGAUAUUCAAUCUGGUGACUUCCUUGCUAUAUCAAAAAUUCGUGGAAGGUGGGGUGGUUUUGAGACUUUGGAGAAGUGGGUUAGUGGAGCUUUUGCUGGUCAUUCUGCUGUUUGCUUAAAGGAUUCUGAAGGAAAACUAUGGGUUGGCGAAUCGGGAAAUGAAAAUGAACAGGGAGAAGAUGUUAUUGCUUUGUUACCCUGGGAUGAAUGGUGGGAAUUUGAGCUGAAUAAGGAUGACUCAGAUCCACAUAUUGCAUUGCUUCCUCUGCAUCCUGAUGUGCGAGCUAAGUUCAAUGAGACUGCUGCAUGGGAGUAUGCUUUGAGCAUGAAUGGAAAACCUUAUGGAUAUCACAACUUGAUAUUUAGCUGGAUAGAUACUCUGGACGGGAACUAUCCGCCUCCAUUGGAUGCCCAUCUGGUUGCUUCUGUUAUGACAGUUUGGAAUCACAUGCAGCCUGAAUAUGCUGCCAACAUGUGGAAUGAAGCCUUGAACAAACGACUUGGAACUCAGGGCCUUGAUCUUCCUGAUAUCUUGGUAGAAGUUGAAAAGCGUGGAUCAUCCUUUGGGGAAUUGUUGGCAAUUCCCGAAAUGGAUGACUGGCUGUAUACUGAUGGGAAGUCAACCUCAUGCAUCGCCUUUAUUCUGGAAAUGUACAAGGAAGCAGGACUGUUUGAUCCAAUUGCUAGCUCUGUACAAGUGACUGAAUUUACGAUCAAAGAUGCUUACAUGCUAAGGUUUUUUGAAAACAAUUCAAGCCGCCUGCCAAAGUGGUGCAAUGAUGGAGAUGAUGUGAAGCUCCCAUUUUGUCAGAUCAAAGGGAAGUAUCGAAUGGAACUACCAGCAUAUAAUACCAUGGAUCCUUACCCCCAUAUGAAUGAAAUGUGCCCAUCGCUUCCCCCAAAAUACUUUAGAACACAGAAUUGCUAA